GCCAUCGGCAACAGCGUCGGUUACGCUGUCCGGUUCAACAACCAGCCACCUCGCGGCUACGCCUCGGUCUGCUUCAUGACGACGGGCAUGUUGCUGCGGCGAAUGGCGUCGAGAGGGCUCCGCGGAGUGAGCCACCUCAUCAUCGACGAGGUGCACGAGCGCGACCUCGACACGGAUUUCUUGCUGACUAUUGUCAAGAAGCUUGCCCACAAGAACCCCGACCUCAAGAUAGUCUUGAUGUCUGCCACAAUAUGCAGCAGUGGUCCGAGUACUUCGGGCAGGGCUUCGGCGCGCAGGUGGAGAUCCCCGGCAGGCUCUUCCCCGUGAAGCAGUACUUCCUCGAGGACGCCGAGGCGCUGGUGGGGCAGAGCGCGGGGAAGACCAGCGGCAGGCCCUGCGAGGACGACGAAGUCAACCACGACUUCGUCGAGUCGCUCCUGAGAAAGCUGGUGGACAGGUCUCUCGCCGAGGACCGGGGCGCCAUCCUCGUCUUCCUGCCGGGGUGGGAGGCCAUCAGCGCCAUCCACGCGAAGGUGCAGAGGGGCCCCUUGAAGACGAAGUGCGCGGUUCACGCGCUGCACUCCAAGGUGCCCAAGGACGAGCAGCAGGCCGCCUUCCAGCCCGCGCGGCCGCCCCUGGUGAAGCUCGUGCUGUCCACCAACAUCGCGGAGUCGAGCGUCACGAUCUCAGACGUGGUCUACGUGGUGGACUCCUGCAGGGUCAAGCAGCUCAUGCCCAUCCAGUCCCCCGGCGGCAGGACUGCGUACCGGCUGGUCAGCUCCUGGGCCGCGAAGCAGAACCUGCAGCAGCGCUCCGGCCGCGCAGGGCGCGUGCGCGAAGGAGAGUGCUACAGGCUGAUACCGAAGGCGACGUUCGACAGGAUGCCGUUCUCCAACCCGCCGGAGAUGCACAGGCUGCCGCUGCACCAGGUGGCGCUCACCGUGAAGGCCCUCAACCUGGGCUCCGCGGUCGCGUUCCUCAACUCCGCGCCGGAUCCCCCGCCGCCGGGGUCCGUGCAGCAGGCGAUCCACACUUUGCAGGACCUGAAGGCCUUGGACCACGACGAGCGCAUCACGAGCCUCGGGCUCGAGAUGCACCAGCUGCCCUUCGACCCCAGGACUGCCUUCUCGCUGCUGGCGUCGCGCAUGAUGGGGCUCGAGCAGCCCAUCGCGAUCCUCGCGGCGUUCGGCUCCUGCCCAACGCCGUACCCCAACGAGAACAAGCGGCAGAAGCAGGGCACCUGCGGCCAGGAGCAGUCGCAGCAGCUGCUGUCCGACCACCACAACAUGCUCAUGCUCUAUGCGGAUUACACGAUGCAGAGCCUGCCAGAGCACAUGGCCGUCCAGUUCUGCAUGCGGGAGCAGAUCAAUUUCAAGGUCAUGCAGCAGAUCUGCGAGAUCACGGACCAGACCCUCACCACGCUCAGCCAGACGCUCGGCGGGGGUGCUAUUUCAUCCACGCAGAAGCUGGUGGCCGAACUGGGCACCCCCCUCGAGACGCCACGGCACAAGCACAUGUGGGAUACCAUUGUCUUCCUGCUGGGCCUGAGCAUGGAGCACAUCUCGGUGAAGAAGGGCCUGUCCAGGCAAGUGUGGCUGUCCGCGGUCAAGAAGUCGACCGUGCCCGUGUCCCCGGGCAUACCGGAGGUUCCUCAUGAGGAUAAGGCGAGGCCGUUCUAUGUCUUCAAGAAUUUGCAGGAGCAGCCGUGCCACGAGCAUUGUUGA